AUGGAAAACUUUAUUCUGUAUGAAGAGAUUGGCAGAGGAAGCAAGACUGUUGUUUAUAAAGGUCGACGGAAAGGAACAAUCAAUUUUGUAGCUGUUCUUUGUACUGAUAAGUGCAAAAGGCCUGAAAUAACCAACUGGGUCCGUCUCACCCAUGAAAUUAAACACAAGAAUAUUGUAACUUUUCAUGAAUGGUAUGAAACCAGCAAUCAUCUCUGGCUCGUAGUGGAGCUUUGCACAGGUGGUUCCUUGGAAAAGGUUAUUGCUCAAGAUGAAAACCUCCCAGAAGAUGUUGUGAGAGAAUUUGGGAUUGACCUGAUUACUGGAUUAUAUCACCUUCAUAAACUUGGCAUUCUCUUUUGUGACAUUUCUCCUGGGAAGAUACUCUUGGAAGGGCCUGGUACAUUGAAGUUCAGUAAUUUUUGCCUGGCAAAAGUGGAAGGUGAAAAUCUGGAAGAGUUCUUUGCUCUGGUGGCAGCAGAAGAAGGAAGUGAUAGUGGGGAAAAUGUACUGAAGAAAAGCAUGAAAAGUAGAGUCAAAGGAUCUCCUAUUUAUACAGCACCAGAAAUUGUGAAGGGUACUGACUUCUCCAUCACCAGUGACCUCUGGUCUUUGGGCUGUCUGCUUUAUGAAAUGUUUUCAGGCAAACCUCCAUUCUCCUCAGAAAAUGUUUCAGAAUUAAUUCAAAAGAUUUUAUUUGAAGAUCCUUUGCCACCUAUUCCAAAAGAUUCUUCUCUCCCUAAAGCUUCUUCAGAUUUUAUUAAUUUGCUUGAUGGGCUACUUCAAAGAGAUCCUCAGAAAAGAUUAACUUGGACAGGCCUACUGCAGCAUCCAUUUUGGAAGAAUGCUUUCACUAGAGAAGAUGAGGAAUCAAGCAUUGAGGAUUUCAACUUCAGCAGAAACGUAAUGGAGUGUUCUGGGCCACAAGAUUCCAAGGAUCUUUUGCAGAACCCUCAGAGUCGACAAGAAAAAAGACAGAAGAGUGAUCAACGACUAGAAAAUCCAACUGAGUUGCGGCCUAAGAGUACUGUUGGGGAUCAAUUGAAUGAAACCAUGUUUCUACUCAGUUCUCGUCCUACUCCAAGAACUAGUACUGCAGUGAGAUUAAAUCUCGGUGAGGAUGUGACUCAAAAUUCACCACAGAAGACUUCUCCUUUGACCAAGAUCACAAGUGGACACCUGAGUCAGCAGGACCUGGAAUCCCAGAUGAGAGCGCUUAUCUACACAGACUCAGAUCUUGUCAUCACCCCCAUUAUUGACAAUCCAAAGAUAAUGAAACAACCACCAAUUAGAUUUGAUCCAAAAAUAUUACAUCUACCAGCACAUUCAGUGGAUAAAUUAUUAUUUCUGAAAGGCCAAGAUUGGAAGGACUUUUUGCAACAAGUGUGCUCACAGCUUGACUCCACUGAGAAGAGCACAGGGGCCUCCCGAGUCAAGUUGAAUCUCCUUUGCUAUUUAUGCAUGGUAGCUGGCCACAAGGAGGUAGCCACCAGGCUCCUCCAUUCACCCCUGUUCCAGUUGCUAAUUCAGCAUUUGCGAAUAGCUCCAAACUGGGAUAUACGGGCCAAGGUUGCUAGGGUGAUUGGUUUACUGGCCUCACACACAACUGAACUCCGGGAGAAUACACCUGUUAUUGAGGUAAUUUCUUUUUAUUAUUCAAAUGUUACGUAUGCCAAAAAAAGAUUGUUCUUGAUUUUGUGA